CUUUCCACGUUCCAUCAUAACUUUCACUAAAAAUAACUCACUUUCCAUCCUCUUGCUCCUUCCCCCCUUUUCAAAGAAACUAGAAAACAUUCAUAUAUAAUAUAAUUCAGAGGGAGGAGAUAUAUUAAUUAUCCCAAAACCACCAUUAGUUAUGACCUCCGAUACUACUAUCAUCAAUGGCAACCAUCAUCAACAAAUCCGUCCACCACCGUCACAUUACAACAAUCGCAACCCACACACACGACACCACAACCAACAACAUUACUAUCCAAACUCAACAACCACGUCAUCUUCAGCCUCAAUCAAAGGUUGUUGUUGUUGUCUUUUUCUUCUCUUUUCCUUCCUCGCCUUACUCGUUAUAGUCGUUAUCCUCGUUAUCUUCCUAGCUGUCAAACCAAAAAAACCCGAAUUCAAUCUCCAACAAGUUGGCGUCCAAUACAUUAAUCUAGCUUCCAAUAAUGCUCCUCCUUAUUAUUCUUCACCAAGUUCAGCAUCAUUAUCACUCGCAAUUCGCAUGUUAUUUACCGCGAAAAACGAUAAUAAAGUUGGGAUUAAAUACCAGCAAUCGACGUUUAACAUAAUGUACCGUGGGAUUCCAUUGGGCCGUGGGACGGUAGCGGGUUUUUAUCAGCCUGCACAUAGUGUUAGACAAGUCCAAACCACGGUUUCUGUGGACCGGGUCAAUUUGUUGCAAGCUGAUGCUAGUGAUUUGGUUAAUGAUGCCGUGUUGAAUGACCGGGUCGAGUUACGGAUCAUGGGUGAUGUAAGGGCUAAGAUUCGAAUCAUUGGCUUAACCUCACCAGCUGUUCAGGUCUCGAUAGAUUGCACAAUAGCAAUUAGCCCCAAAAAGCAGUCUCUUAUUUACAAGCAAUGUGGAUUUGAUGGUUUGCAACUAUGACCAAGUCUCACCAAGUCUCACCAGGACCAAAUUAGAGUAAACUUAAUGAUGUUCAAACCAUUCCAAAUCGGUUCUCUUUUCUUUAGGUGCAAAUUAUAGUGGAGUCAUCAACACCCAGUUGGAAGCUAUUAAAGAAAAGAAAAGAUUCAAAUUAAUUUUUCUUUUCUUAAUUAUUAAGGAAUAUUUUCACUUUUCUUAUCACAAAAUUUUAGAAAUAUUAAAGCACUAAACUAAUUGGGAUCCCAUGCCGAAUUGGCUGAUUUUAGCCCACAAUUUUAUUCUAUGUAUAUUCAUACUUUUAUACUAUAUUAUUUUUUUAUCUAACUAAGAGAGAAUAAUUUUUU